AUUUGAAGCAGAAAUCGUAGAAAAAAAAACAGAUACAUUUUGUGACGUUUAUUUUGACACAUAACACAUAACGCGCUCAUAUUAUUUUUCAACACUCAACAGAAAACAAAACAAAAAAUGCUGAAGAAACAAGAUCAACAAAUUAAAAAACGCCCACGGCCGUAUCAACUAUCACACCGCUGGACACAGUUUGAAACAAACUCGAUGCUGGAGUUGGUAGUGGUGGCGGUGAAAGAUAACCCCGAAAGCUAUGAAAAACCAACAGCCCAUAGGUUUUUUCAAAGGCUCGCGGAAAUUUCUCCGCAGCUAGCCAGCAUCGACUGGAUAUGCAUGAAGAGCAAAAUGAGGUACCUAAAAGGAACCUAUAUGUCACCGUUAGACUGGAAAGGAAAAACAGGUGCCGGUCUCCUGGAAACUGGAGAAGAAAAAAGUGUACAAAAAAUAUGUCCUUUUUUUGACGAGUUGGAGCAAUAUUUGGGGCUACGAAAAAUAGAAUACCAAACAUCGUGUAUCAAUCAAACUACUCCGCUGAUGAUCUCAUCGAGGAAAUCCCAGAGGAGGACCCAGAUUAAUAUGAAAAGGAAAACCACAAUUACACCAAUGAAAACACAGAAUGUUUCCAGGAGGACGAGCAGCCGGAGCAUCGCCAGUAAGCAAAGCCAAAGGUUAGUUCCAUUUUUACCAUUUUGCCCUGGCAUUUGA